UGUUUAUUGUGUAAAUACGUUGGCUGUUAAGUGUGUGUGUAGGACUGUAAGGUUACACUGUGGUUGGAAAGUGAUCCCUCCUACUCCCGUGUACUGCCCGUGUACGAGCGAGGGAGCGAUCGCGGCAGGAAGGAAAGCGGAGCAUUGAAUGCUAACAAGGGGAGUUAAUGUUCAAGCAUUGGUAAAAGGUGGGGGGUUUUUUAACAUCAAGCAAUGGAGACGUACAAUUAACCUGGUAUGUGCCAGAUCACAAUUUACGCUGAUCGUCAUCAUCAUCGGCACAACCAUCUUCAUCUUUCCCGUUGAAUGAAAUGUAUCGAGCCUGCAUGGGAUCCGGAUACUGACAAUGGAGAUUGAAAAUAUUGUGGCCAACACUGUGCUGUUGAAAGCCAGAGAAGGUGGAGGUGGGAAGAGGAAUGGGCGGAGUAAGAAAUGGAAGGAGAUGCUGAAGCUGCCGCACAUCAGCGUGUGUGAAGACCUGAGGAGGACAAUCGAAAGGGAUUACUCCAGCCUGUGUCAGAAGCAGCCCAUUGGUCGGCUCCUGUUCCGGCAGUUCUGUGACACUCGGCCGGAGCUGAGGCGCUGUAUCGAGUUCCUGGACUCUGUGGCCCUGUACGAGCUGGCGCCGGACGAGAAGAGGAGGGACUGCGGCCUCAGCCUUUUAGACACGUACUUUAACAACGGGUCGACGGCCCAUUUACCAGAAAUACCUCGGGAAGUGGUGGAGGAGUGCCGGGAGCGGCUGGAGCAGAGUCCCUGCAAGGAGCUCUUCAAGGAGUGCACCAGAAUCGUUGGCGAGUAUCUCAGCGGAGCGCCCUUCUCCAGCUACCAGGAAACCAUGUUCUUCUCCCGCUUCCUGCAGUGGAAGUGGCUAGAAAGGCAACCCGUAACCAAAAAUACCUUCAGACAUUACAGAGUACUAGGAAAAGGUGGAUUUGGAGAGGUCUGUGCCUGCCAAGUCCGAGCCACGGGUAAGAUGUACGCCUGUAAAAAGCUGGAAAAGAAAAGAGUGAAGAAGAGAAAAGGUGAAGCAAUGGCAUUAAACGAAAAGCGCAUUUUAGAGAAAGUUAACAGUAGAUUUGUAGUUAAUCUAGCCUAUGCCUAUGAAACCAAGGACGCCCUGUGUCUGGUGCUGACCAUAAUGAACGGCGGGGAUCUGAAGUUCCACAUUUACAACAUGGGGAACUCGGGCUUCGAGGAGCAGCGCGCCAUCUUCUACGCGGCCGAGAUCUGCUGCGGGCUGGAGGACCUGCACCGGGAGAGGAUCGUCUACAGGGACCUGAAACCCGAAAACAUUCUUUUAGACGACCGUGGGCACAUCCGAAUCUCGGACCUGGGGCUGGCGGUGCAGAUCCCUGACGGGGAGACGAUACGAGGGAGGGUGGGCACGGUGGGCUACAUGGCUCCAGAGGUGAUCCAGAACGAGAGCUACUCCUUCAGCCCGGACUGGUGGGGGCUGGGCUGCCUGAUCUUCGAGAUGAUCCAGGGCCAGUCCCCCUUCCGCAGGCGCAAGGAGCGCGUGAAGCGGGAGGAGGUGGACCGCCGCGUGCGCGAGGACCCCGAGGAGUACUCCGACAAGUUUUCGGAGGAGGCGCGGGACAUCUGCAGGCUGCUGCUGGUGAAGGACCCCAAGGGCCGACUGGGGUGUCAGGGCCCGGGAGCCGUCCAGGUGAAGCAGCACCCCAUCUUCCGGAACAUCAACUUCAAGAGGCUAGAGGCCAGCAUUCUGGACCCGCCCUUCAUCCCGGACCCACGGGCCGUUUACUGCAAAGACGUCCUGGACAUCGAACAGUUCUCAACCGUCAAAGGAGUAAACCUGGAUACCACAGACGACGAUUUCUACCACAAGUUUGUUACGGGAAGUGUCUCCAUCCCCUGGCAAAACGAGAUGAUCGAGAUGGACUGCUUCAAAGAGAUCAACGUGUUCGAGUUGGAUGGCGCCCUCUGUCCGGACCUGGAUGUAAAUAGACCCAACCCCCCGCCAAAGAGAGGAUUCUUCUACCGGCUCUUCAGGAGAGAGGUGUGUUUUAAGAGUGGCUACAGCGACGAGGACGAAGAGCCCAACCGACUCUAAAAACCACUCCCGUCAGCCAAAAAGAGAGGGCGCCAUCUUAACAAACAUGAAUGUUUUAACUGUAUUUAUGAAUUGUAUUAAAAGUGUAUUAUAAUUAAAGAAAAAGUAUGAGUUUAAAGAUUUUGUACAUUUGUACUUGAAUUAUGUCUAGAUGUAUAUUUUCACUAAAGGUUGUAUUGUAAAAAAAAGCCAUAAAAGUACCACUUGAAUGCAUACGUAACAUAUUCCCCCUUUGGAAUGAGUAUGAAAAUAUGUAUUUAAGGAGUUUUUUUUUGUUUUUUUUUAAAGAAGCACAGUAUAGUAUCUUUAGUCUCUCUUAUGUUGCAUAGGGCUUCAUUUUUUUAUGUUUAUUUUGUUUUAAGGUUUUUUUUUUGUUUUUUUUUUGCCUACGUAUAGUAUUAGCACAUUGUGUUACUGUGCACAGCUGCAAGAUCUUUAAGCAAAUCGGUCUGCCAAACUGACGUGUUAAAGGUACGGUCAACAGCGUUUCUCCAGGAGUCACUCACGGUCACAUGAUCACCUCCCGCCACGCUAGGUCUGUGAUUACAGAGAGGAGGCUUCACAGCUUCCUCCGCCUCGGACAGCGAUCUGAACCUUACUUCACAGUCGCCCCGGCUGUGAAGCGUUCAGAAAUCCGCUGUGUCGUUUAUUUUUUUGAGAAGGAGGACCAUCGUACUCAUCUUGUGAAUAUUCAGCCCCACCCCUCCCCCCUUUCCCAAGGAAACCUUGUUAUUGGAGACAUAAAAAUGCAGUUAGGAAAUAAUUAAUGGAUUAGUUUUGACACGUGAAAUGCAGGCCACACCAAUUAUUUGGGGAAGCGGUAACAUAACAAAUUUAGAUUUUUUUAAAAGUUCACCUUCGAAAUACGCCCGUACAGUCUAAAGCGGAGAUGUUUUAGGGAUGUUGUGGUUGUUGAUCUGGUGUGUCCAAGCCUUAAGCUGAUGACAUCAUAACUGAAAAGUAUGUCAUCACGCAUUUCUGACAUCAUGUCUUACUGCACGUUUGAAGCCUACUACAAAACAAUAAGGCUGGCCCUUUAAAAGAUUCUUUCCUGCAGUUAUUUCAAAAUAAGAGCAGUGCGAGUUUAAUAACUGAACAAAAUAUUUGAAGAACAUUAAAAUUACAUGUAUAUGGCAUUUAUGUGGUAUUAUUAAAUCCAUUUACUACUUUGCAGAGCCCAAAAUAUUUGCUUUUUACGUCUGUGCCAUUAGGUAUCUGAAAAGACUUGCUUUCUCACCCAGCUGGAGAGUAAUUACAUGUACGCGCACACACACUCACACCCACUCGCACGCACACACAGACAUACACACACACACACAUGCUUUUGACACACGCACAUUCGGUGGACACACUAUGGAUCUUAUGCUCCUAAAUACCUCAUGUAAAAACAUGCCUUUGGAUAGUCUCUAGGUAUUUUGUGUUCGAAUUUGGAGGUGACCAAAUUAGA